CCCCUCUCGCUCCCUUUCCCGGCGUGCGCCCGGCUCCGGCAACUCGCUUCCUGCGCGGCUGGAGGAGGGAGGAGAGAGGAGAGGAGCGGAGAGCGCUUCGGCUGGGAGAGGAGAGAAGAAAGAGGGAGAAAAGAAAGAAAGAAAAGAGAGAGGGGAGAAAGGGGGGGGGGACUUGCCUCUCUUGUCACUGGAAAAUGACACUUGAUGUAGCAGAGCCUGCCGCAGCUCCCGUUCGUCCUAUUGUUUCUUAAACUGCCAUCUGAGAUUUUUUUUUUUUCCUGCUGCCAUCCGAGGGGUGUCUUCAUACAAAAGGGACUUCAAGUACUCCUCCGGCUUGUGAGCGCUGCAACCAGCCCCCAGCACCCCGCUAGCCCCUCCAAGCACCCAAACAAACUGCACACGCAGCAAACAGCAGCAACAAAACCGGGCUCUGAUUGCCUCUGGAUUUUUUUUUUUUUUUUAAUGUCCGUGCCUGUGAUUGCUUUCUCCGACUUGCUUUGAUUCCAGAGAUCAGCAGCAGAGAGAGAAAAAGGAGAAAAAGAAAAAAACCCACAUAUAACAGUCCGCCUGGCGAUUUUACCACUUUUUAAAAUUUCGAGUAAAGAAGGAAGAUUUGUGCUGUUGUUUCUGAUUCAUGUUUGGGAUUCAGGAAAGCAUCCAGCGGAGUGGGAGCAGCAUGAAGGAAGAGCCCCUCGGCGCGGGGAUGAACGCGGUGCGGACGUGGAUGCAGGGAGCCGGCGUCCUGGACGCCAGCACGGCCGCUCAGAGCGGAGUGGGUCUGGCCCGGGCUCACUUCGAGAAACAGCCGCCUUCCAACCUGAGGAAGUCCAACUUUUUCCACUUCGUCCUGGCUCUGUACGACCGGCAGGGGCAGCCCGUGGAGAUCGAACGCACCGCCUUCGUGGGCUUCGUGGAGAAGGAGAAGGAAGCCAACAGUGAAAAGACCAACAACGGGAUCCACUACCGCCUGCAGCUGCUCUACAGCAAUGGGAUCAGGACGGAGCAGGAUUUCUACGUGCGACUCAUCGACUCCAUGACCAAGCAGGCGAUAGUAUAUGAAGGCCAAGACAAGAACCCAGAAAUGUGCCGAGUUCUGCUCACGCAUGAAAUAAUGUGCAGCCGCUGUUGUGACAAGAAAAGCUGUGGCAACAGAAAUGAGACUCCAUCAGAUCCAGUGAUAAUUGACAGGUUCUUCUUGAAAUUUUUCCUCAAAUGUAACCAAAAUUGCCUAAAAAAUGCAGGAAACCCUCGAGACAUGCGUCGAUUCCAGGUCGUCGUGUCUACAACAGUCAAUGUUGAUGGCCAUGUGUUGGCAGUGUCGGACAAUAUGUUUGUACACAACAAUUCCAAGCACGGGCGGAGAGCUCGAAGACUCGAUCCCUCGGAAGGUACGCCUUCUUAUCUGGAACAUGCAGCUACACCAUGUAUCAAAGCCAUCAGUCCAAGUGAAGGAUGGACUACAGGAGGUGCCACUGUCAUCAUCAUAGGAGACAAUUUCUUUGAUGGGUUACAGGUCAUAUUCGGCACCAUGCUGGUUUGGAGUGAGCUGAUUACUCCACAUGCCAUCCGUGUACAGACGCCUCCCCGACAUAUCCCAGGGGUUGUAGAAGUCACAUUGUCCUACAAGUCUAAGCAGUUUUGUAAGGGAACGCCUGGAAGAUUCAUUUACACAGCUCUGAACGAACCCACCAUUGACUACGGUUUCCAAAGGUUACAGAAGGUUAUCCCCCGGCACCCUGGUGACCCCGAACGCUUGCCAAAGGAAGUAAUACUUAAGAGGGCUGCUGAUUUAGUAGAAGCACUCUAUGGUAUGCCACAUAAUAACCAGGAAAUCAUCCUGAAAAGAGCUGCAGACAUCGCAGAAGCUCUCUACAGUGUCCCCCGCAAUCACAACCAGCUCCCCGCCCUUGCUAACACAUCAGUCCAUGCAGGAAUGAUGGGAGUGAAUUCCUUUAGUGGUCAACUAGCUGUCAAUGUUUCCGAAGCCUCACAAGCCACCAACCAGGGUUUUACUCGCAACUCAAGCAGCGUGUCACCUCAUGGCUACGUGCCAAGCACCACCCCUCAGCAGACAAAUUAUAACUCUGUCACAACAAGCAUGAACGGCUAUGGGAAUGCUGGAAUGUCAAAUUUAGGAGGUUCUCCAACCUUCCUGAAUGGAUCUGCUGCCAAUUCUCCCUAUGCCAUUGUGCCAUCAAGUCCGACAAUGGCCUCCUCCACUAGUCUCCCCUCAAACUGUAGCAGUUCCUCUGGGAUUUUCUCCUUCUCACCAGCCAACAUGGUCUCAGCAGUGAAACAGAAGAGUGCUUUUGCACCUGUCGUGAGACCGCAAACUUCUCCUCCUCCCACCUGCACCAGCACCAACGGCAACAGCCUGCAAGCUAUAUCUGGCAUGAUUGUUCCCCCCAUGUGAAAGAAUUGCCUUGAAGAAUUUUAUUAAUGAAGAGGUUGAAUUCUGCUUCAGAGAGAAUCUGAUACAAGUCCCAGAGUGGAACUUUUUACUCAGGCCUUUUUAAAAAUAAAAAAGAAAUAAAGAAGGAUCUUACAAUAACUGCAGAUUUUUAAACAAAACAAAAAUCACCAUCCUUGCAAAUACUGAAAUUAACAAUCUACAAUUGCAAGGUGUUGAUUCAAGUUGUCCAUCCCAAAUACCUGGGAGAUAUAUUUAUUGUAUGUUGAUAAAAAAAGAAAUCCACUUUUUUUUUUUUUUUUUUCGGGGUGGGGGCUUGCUUUUAUUUCCUUCUGGGUUUUUUUGUGGUUUUUUUAAGGCUUGAUUUAACUCAACACCAUUUGUCUUUUAUAAAUCAUACAAUUACACAAGGGACACUAGAGAUGGAACUCCACAUUUUUAAUUUAUGAAUUUUUUUUUUUUUUAAAGCUGUGUAAAGAAAAAUGGAGUGGUGUCAUUUACAUACAAGUCUGUAUGGGACAGAAUAGAAGUGCCAGUUAGUUUUUCGUAGAAGAAUUAUGGCCAUUUAAUUAAGGGUCGGCUCAUAUAUGUUGCUUAUCCAGUGGUGACUUGCUAAUAUGAUGCAUUUUUAAUGUUCUAAAUAAAUAGGUAUCACUCCCUAGAAAGCUGAUAUUUUUGGAUGAUGAGGGCGGGAUGAGGGGUGGGAUAAGGAACCUCUGCCUUUAAUAUCAGGCUGAAUGAUUGUGUAAAUAAUGCGACAGGAAAAGUUCAUCAUAGGACGCCAGGUUGGAAGGGGGCUCGAAGGUCUAACCUUUUUCAGCAAAAAGCUGGUGAAGGGGAGGGAAGGGAUGCAAACACACUGCUCUUGAACCGAAAAUCCAGUGCCUCUAGAUAUGAUGCUAAAAGUGCAGAAUCAGACGAGCACAGGUCUCUCUUUAGCUGAUGUGUCAGGCUCCUUCCAAACGAGCAGCCUUCCCGAGGUGCAGCUUGAAACGCCGCUCGGAUGUGGCCUGAGGACACAGACUGUGGCCAUCCCUGUGGGGUUUUUCCAGUGUAGCACUUCUCCCCUCGACCUAUUUUCAUGGGGCAGGAAGAGAACAGCCCCUGGCUGCCGUUCCCCAUCCUCCCCACCCAAAAGCACAGGUUGCGUCAGCCUCCCACUGGGAUCGUUCCUGUAUCAGUCGACCCUCUCAGUCUGUAUCGUACUCUAUAAAGCAACAGGUAACUGCUUUUGAAUAGCGAACGGAAACAUGAGGUUAGGGGAGGGUGGGAGGGGGAGGGGCCGUUAGGAAGGUUUCAAAUCAAAACCAUAGCUUCUGUUUUACAAAAAAUUUUGCUAUCAUUAUCUGGGAAGUGUUCUUAAAAACUAUUAGUCAAAGAGGCAGCAAAGCUCUGAAGAUGCAUUACCUGAUAUUUUUUCUUUGCUGUUGUGUUUUGUAUGUAGUUAUAAAUACUGUAGAUUUUUUGUGAUUUUUUGCCAAAGUUGUUGUUCUAUUUAUACAUUUUAAUGUCUUAAGACAGUUUUUCAAUAUCACAAAAAAAAAAAAAAAAAAGAAUUUUACUGCAUAUUUUGCAAAAAGAGCUCACUACCUUUAGCUUGCACAUACUUGCAAAUUAAUUAAAGAAAAAAAAAGCUUUUUGUUUCUGUUUUUUGUUUGUUUGUUUGUUUGUCGGGGGAUUUUGUAAAAUAUCCAUAUAAAUAAUGUAUUUAUCUUUGGAAUUUGUACAUUGCUUUUUGUCCCCUACAAGUUUAUUUUAUUGUGUAUGUUUGCUAUGUGAAAAGUGCUGAUUUGUUUGGUCAUUCACCGUUGUAUUAGCUGUUUAAAUGUGAUUUUAAUACAUUUCAUUUAUAGGGUUGAUUUUUUUAGUAUUGUUUAAAACCAUGCUUCCAUUUUUUUUUUAAUUUCCACCCAAAAGCCAUUGUCUAUUUUUGUAUUAUUUGUAAGUUAAGAAGUUUUUUCCAAUAUAUGGCAAAAGGUAGCAUAUUAUUCUUGUAGCAUUUAGUUAUGUAGAUUUUAAAAAAAAUGUAUCCUUUGCUUUUGAGGCUUAACAAAAACUAAUGCUGUUUUACUCUAUUAAUAUGCAUGGGAUUUCUCCUCUUUGGAGUGACGCAUUUUUGUGCAUUAAAUAUGGGGAGAAACUUCAUAGAACUCAAUGAAAAUACUUUCUUUCUUAAGUCUGCUUGUAUAUUUCUCUGUCUUUCACAUAAAUAUAAACCAGCAGAUUGGAUGCCUUAACAAUGCAAAUCAUAUUCAUUUCACUUGUACAUUGUACUGUGCACCAGAACUGUCAAUCAUCACUAACAUUCUAAGAAAAAAAAAAAAAAAGGAAUUGAAAAGCACAAAAGAACUGUUUUGUUACCUUAAAACAAUAUAACUUUUUUCUAGUCAAGCAAGAAAUCAUUUACAACGAUGCUGCAACUGUGCAUGCUUCCUGUAUGAAUUUUGCAAUGGUUUUCACUAGAAUGUCACAGUGUGAUCUUUGGGGGGAAGGGAAGAAAACAGGAUUUUUUUUUUCAUGGUGAGAAAAUAAAAGAGAAAACUGGAAAAUAUGAGAGACAUCAGUUUAUUGCUUCUCUGUAUUCCAAGUGAUUAUUCUAAUUCACAUAGUAAAGCAACAGCACGACAAUGUAAUCAAAUUUAAAGCCAUAUUUUGUCCAGUGACACCGUCGAUUACUCUUGUAGAGCUCCACUCAGUCCUAGUGAUUUUGACUCCACUCUUAGUCACAAUGUUUGUAGUCUCUAAGCCAGUGUCCAAAGAUCCUUUGACAAUGUGCAUAAUUUUGUUUUGUUGCAGCUACUUAUCGUGAUCUGAUGAAUGGGAACUUAUCAAAAAUCUCCCCUGCACCACCCUUGUCUUUUACAAAGUAAAAGAUGCAGCUGUUUACAGAAUAUGGCUUUAAGUGGAAACAUUCAGAUUUCAGUUUUAACAAGGUGAAGCUUCACAAUGACUGGAUUGCAUAAAGUAAUGCCUAUUUCCUCACAGUUGUACUAGGAUGCAGCUAAAAUGAAGUCAUCUCUGAAACUACUAACCUUUCACCUUCUUAUCUAAAUCUUUUUGAAUAGACACACACACUGUACAGUUCUAUUGUUAGAGAAACUAACUACUGUAGAGAUUGUUAUAAUUUUUUUGCAGAAAUUCAAGCUGUAAAAACUUUUCAACUUUCACAAUAUUUAAUUAAAGUUACUUCCUGUCUGUGAA